AUGAACAAGGCGACGAUCCUGGAGCUGGCGAAGGGGUUCCGCGGGCGAGCGAAGAACUGCAUUCGCGCCGCGAAGCCGCGCGUGGAGAAGGCGCUGACGUACGCGUACCGCGACCGGCGCACGAAGAAGCGCGACAUGCGCGGACUUGCGAUCGAACGCGUCAACGCGGGCGCGCGGCAAUACGGGUUCUGCUGUACAUCCUUGGCCCUCACAACACCUGCGCCCUCGUUUUCCCCUUCACGUUCUCCCUCCCUCGCUUCCCCACUUCCCUCCUCCCCUUUAACACUCUUCCCCCCCCCUUCCUCGUUCUCCCCUUCCAACCACCCCCAUCUUCCCAACACGCCCGUCCAUCCAUCCUCGCUACAAGCAGGUGCGGUACAGUGA